GGGUAUCCUAUUGCAACUGUAAACAUCAAUAAUUCAAAAUUCAUAGGAAAACAAAUCAAUGAGAGUGCCCAUUAUUGAUGAACAGAUGAUAAAUUGGGGAAAAAUAUUUUAGAAGUCAUAGCAGCAACCAUUGCGUUCCCAAUCGUCAUAGCGAGUAAGCUCGAGACCUCUAAGGCCACCGAUCUCGUCAGUCUCUUUAUUCACAUGAUCGUCAUCUUCAUCUCUGUUCUCUUCAUCUACUUUGUUCUUGAUUUCAAGAUUCUCCUUCUCUGUUGUUUCUAUAUUUUCUCCAGUGACAGCGAAUUGGCGGUUCGUCUGAGGUUGCUGCGUUGUAGAAUAAAGGAGACGAGUUGCCGAGUAGGAAGCGAAAUCGAAUCAAGCGAAGGUGGAGGUUAAAUCUUGUUAAUUGAAGAGAAUAGACGGGAAAAGCUGGAUCUCGCCUUUGUUUUGAGCUUUGUGAAUAAUGGAAACCCUAAUAAUGGAAACCUAGGUGCUGGGUUCCACGAGGAGCCCAGAUCAGGUUUCAUCUCUUGCAAACUACAAUCUGCCCAUGUCCAUGCUCACAGAUGACCAGCAAGUCUGGUAAGCGGUGGAGAUGAGGAUGAUGAAGAGGAUGAAGAGGAUGGCAAAGAUAAACGAUGACGCUGAUGAUGUCGAGGAUAAAGAUGAGGACCAGGACGAAGACGAAAAAAUUAAAGUACUUGGUUUUGCCAAAGCAAAAAUCUCCCCUAUGCCUAGUAGUAUUGCCUCAGAAUGGGGAUUAGAAGUUAUGUGCAGGGAGUGACAUACCAUUUUUGUAUAUGGCUAAUUCAUUUUGUGUAUAGAUAUCAGUAGCAACCUGUAGUAUGUUGCUUUGUGUACGGUGAAGGUUUUGGUAAUAAAAUUUACAUUUUACU